GCUAAAGUUUUGCGGUCGGCUUCUGCAGUGUAAAUCUUCUCCGAAUGAGAAUAUUGAAAACAACUGCUACGCCAAUCGCAAACCACAUGCCUUUUGCAGUUCCUAUCUACAUUUGAAGUGCACUCACUUCACAACCAUAUUUACACAAAGUGGGAAUUUCCAGCACUAUCCCAACGACAUGUGGUUUUCAAUUUGUCUGAUACUAGAUCUGAUGGUAUGAUAGAAGAAAUUAAAAGGAUCGAAAGGCUUUCCAUAGAAACUUAGUCGAUCUUUAGCUUGCAUCCGAUCAGCACACAUCAAUGACCUUCCGUAUUGGAUUUUACUUUGCACUGUUGGCAGUGCUAGUUCAAGGUCAGCGGAUCGCAGAUAUAAAAUGCGAAGAGUAUCGAAACCUUACGAUCAGGACGACAGGAAUCCUUCCAUUGGUUGCCAGACCGAAUCCCAUUAAGGUUGCCAGUUUCACUUGUACUAAGACGGUGAAACUGAUUGUAGGAGGGGAAGUUGCGAAAAAGAAUGAAUUCCCUCACCAGGCUCUUCUGGGAUGGAUAGAAAGAAAUCCGCCACGGUACGAGUUUUUAUGUGGUGGAUCGCUGAUAAGUAGAAGAUACGUACUGACGGCAGCUCACUGUUUCAAAGUGCGGGAUGCUGACUUCGUUCGCCUGGGAGAACACGACGUAAAUGAAAAUUCUGGCAAUCAUAAAGAUUUUGGCAUUGCUUCGAUCACGAGACAUCCCGAUUAUCGGUUCAGCUCAUCCUAUCACGACAUUGCACUAAUCAAGUUGAACGAAAAUGUGCGAUUCUCAAAAGUCAUUCGACCUGCGUGCCUGUGGACAAAACAUGACAUCAAUGUGAACGCAGUCAUUGCAACGGGAUAUGGAAUGAUGGAAACGGGUGGCAAUCACUCUACUGUGCUUCGCAAAGUAGUACUAAAGUUCUUGGAUAGGGAUAUUUGCGGAAUGCAGUUUUCAGGGAGAUCCUUCCGUUCAGGGCUAAUUGAUGAGCAGCUGUGUAUAGGAAGCGACACUUCAGCCAGGGAUACCUGCCAGGGAGAUUCCGGUGGUCCGAUUCAAACGCUCUUGGGAGGAUGUACCUACCAUAUUAUUGCUGUGACUUCUCUAGGCCCUGGAAGUUGUGGACUAGCACCUGCACUGUACACUAGGGUGUCUAGUUAUGUCGACUGGAUUGAAUCGAUUGUGUGGGAAUAUGAGUAGAUACAUGAGUAAAUACAUGUAAGACGCGGCUAAAUAUAUCUGAAGCUUUAGCAAAAGAAAAAUA